AGCGGGGCCAUGGCGAUGCUGYUGGAGCCCGGAAUGCAGAGCCUGCGGAUGGGUGCCAACGGUGAGCGGUGCCCGACGCCGACCCCGCCCGGCUCCCCGGGGACACCCCACGACAGCUGCAGCAUCGCCCCAUUGACGCCGUCCCAGUCCCCGCGGAGCGAGGCGCGUUCCCAGCCGGCCCCGUCCUUCUCCGUGGUGGAGCUGAAGGAUCAGUGUCCAUCCCUGUCCGAGAGCGACGCCAUCCGCUGGGUCCUCACCGUGCCRGCCAUCUGGAAGCAGCCGGCCAAGCAGUUCAUGCGGGAAGCGGCCUACAAGGCCGGGCUGGUGUCCCCGGAGCGGCCGGAGCAGCUGCUGAUCGCGCUGGAGCCCGAGGCCGCGUCCAUCUACUGCCGGAAGCUGCGGCUGCACCAGCUGGUGGAGCUGAGCGGCCGCGCCCCGGCCGGCGGCACCGAGAACCCGCACCCCAUCGACUCCAGCUUCCGGCGGAAACGUGAUGACACAGGAAUGCGGGGACACAGGGACAUGGGAACAGGGGGGACAUGGGAAUGCAGGAGACACAAUGACACGGGGACGUGGGAGAAUGUGACCACAGGUGUCACGGCCACCACGGGGCCACCUCCUGACGUGUCCCCACCUCGUCCCUCAGGGGGUCCCUACGGGGCCGUGGGGGUGGACCUGGCCUUCGAGAAGCUGCUGUGCCACAUCUUCGGCGACGAUUUCAUCGCCACCUUCAAGGCGCGGCGUCCGGCGGCCUGGGUGGACCUGAGCAUCGCCUUCGAGGCGCGGAAACGCGCGGCCGCCCCGAGCCGCUGCAGCCCCCUCAACGUGUCCCUGCCCUUCUCCUUCAUCGACUUCUACCGCAAGCACCGCGGGCACAACGUGGAGACCGCGCUGCGCAAGAGCAAUGUCAACCUGGUGAAGUGGUCGUCGCAAGGGAUGCUGCGGAUGUCACCCGAGGCCAUGAACGAACUGUUCCAGCCCACCAUCGGCCACAUCAUCCAGCACAUCGACGCCCUCCUGCAGAAACCCGAGGUUCACGGCAUCAAGUUCCUGUUCCUGGUGGGCGGUUUCGCCGAGUCGGCCAUGCUGCAGCGGGCGGUGCAAGCCGCCUUCGGCCACCGCUGCCGGGUCAUCGUCCCGCAGGACGUGGGGCUGACCAUCCUCAAAGGGGCCGUGCUCUUCGGCCUGGACCCCGGCGUGGUGCGGGUGCGCCGCUCGCCGCUCACCUACGGCGUGGGCGUCCUCAACAAGUUCGUGGAGGGCAAACACCCGCGGGAGAAGCUGCUGGUCAAGGARGGCAAGAACUGGUGCACCGAUAUUUUUGAGAAGUUCGUGGCCGUGGACCAGUCGGUGGCUUUGGGAGAGGUGGUCCAGCGGAGUUACUGCCCGGCCCGGCCCGGCCAGCGCCGGACCAUCAUCAACAUCUACUGCAGCGACACGGAUGACGUGGUGUACAUCACCGAUCCCGGCGUCAGGAAGUGUGGCACCAUCAGCCUGGAGCUGGGGGAUGGCGGUGACGCCGGGGACAUGGGGACAACGCGGGGACGGCGUGAGAUCCGCGCCAGCAUGCAGUUCGGGGACACCGAGAUCAAGGUGACAGCGCUGGACAUGCGCACCAUGCGCAGCGUCAGGGCCACCAUCGACUUCCUGUCCAACUGAGGGUUCUGGAGUUGUGGGGACAACCCUGGGAGAUGCCACCAUGGACUUCCUGUCAAACUGAGACCCAAUUGGAGAUGGCACCAUUGACUUCCUGUCAAACUGAGGAGGGUCCUUGUCAUUUUGGGGACACCCCCAGGAUCUGCCAUCAUUGACUUCCUGUCACACUGAGGGUUUUGUCAUUGUGGGGACAACCCCAGGAGAUACCACCAUGGACUUCCUGUCACACUGACACCUUCCUGGAGGUGCCACCAUCAACCUCCUGUGCAAACAAAGGGCCCUGGCAUUGUGGGGACAAGCCUGGGAGAUGCCACCACUGAAUUCCCGUCCAACCAAGACCCUCCCUCAUCAUGGGGACCUUUGGGACCUGUCACCAUGGCCUUCCUGUCACACUGAGAGAGCCUGGCAUUGUGGGGACACCCCCGGGAC